CCAAGUGCUUAAACUGAUUACAGUCAAGUCGAGCAAGUCAAGUGGAAAUGGGGCACGCCACCAACCACCAGACACAACACAUAUCACCAGGUCCCCUAUUUACGUGCGCAGCAGUGAUGUAAUCGAAAUUCAUUUUGUCACUCUACUGUCUUGACGAUGGACGACAGCAGCAGCAGCGGCGGUGUCCGACACAGAGUCCGAGUCCGAGAUGACGACACAGACUCACUUCCAACAAGAAAAUAUGGCGACGGCGACAGCGACAGCGACCCCAGCUUCACGUGGCGCGGCGUCGGCGUGGGCCUGCUCGUGGGGCUCGUCAUCUGCUUCUCCAACAUGUACUUUGGGCUGCAGACGGGGUGGGUCAGCACCAUGACCAUGCCGGCCAGCCUGAUGGGCUUCGGCAUCUUCAAGCUGCUGGGGCGCCGCGGCCGCCUCCUCGACGGCGGGCCCUUCACGCCCGUCGAGAACGUCCUGGUCCAGACCGUCGCCGGCAGCAUGGCCAUCAUGCCGCUCGGCUGCGGGUUUGUCGGUGUCCUGCCCGCCAUGAGUUACCUGCUGCGCGACGACGAACAAGGCCCCAUCGUCCUCUCCCUUCCAAAGCUCAUACUAUGGUCCCUCGGCCUAUGCUAUUUUGGUGUUGUUUUUGCAGUGCCCCUGCGCCGCCAGGUCUUGAUCCGGGAGAAGCUCAAGUUCCCCAGCGGGUUUAGCACCGCUGUUCUGAUCAGUGUCCUCCACGGCCGCACCCCCAACGACAGCGCCCAGCCCGACGCCGCCGGCUUCGGCAGUCUUGCCGGACCUGGUCCCUCCCCCAAAACCAAGUCUGUCCCCAGCACCCCCCUCCUCCUCGGUCCCCCAGACAGCAGCCACAAGCCUACUGCUGGUGGAGGUGACGCCGAUGAAGAAGCCGCCGAUGCCCAGGAGACGGCCGCGUCGUGGCGCCAGAACGUGCAGCUGCUGCUCGUGUGCUUCCUCGUGUCGGGGCUGUCGACCUUCGCGACCUACUUCUUCCCCGUGCUGCGCAGCGUGCCCGUGUUCGGGCGCGCGGCCGCCGCGACGUGGCUGUGGACGCUCAACCCCAGCCUGGCCUACGUCGGCCAGGGCAUCAUCAUGGGCCCCGCCACCACCCUGCACAUGCUGCUGGGCGCCGUGCUCGGCUGGGCCGUGCUCUCGCCCCUGGCCAAGGUGCGCGGCUGGGCCCCCGGGGAAGUUGAUGACUGGGAGCACGGCAGCAAGGGCUGGAUCGUCUGGACCUCACUGGCUAUCAUGCUCGCCGAUGCCGUCGUCAGCCUGUCGUAUCUCGCGGUCCGCUCCGUCCGCCCCUACCUCGCCGUGCCCGUCAAGCUCAAGGCGCUGGUGCCUAGCUUGACGCCUGGGCGUAGGCGUGGGGUCGGGGCCGGCUACACGCGCAUCGACGCCCAGGACGCGGAUCCUAACGCAGACGCAGACGUGGAUACCGACGACGCCGACGCCGAAGAAGAGGACGACGCGCCGGUGGACCAGCAGAUCAGCGACCGCGUGGUGGGCGUGGGGCUAGUGCUGUCGGUGGCGUUCUGCAUCGCGUGCAUCCACGUCGUGUUCGGCGACCUCGUGCCGCUCUAUGCCACCGUCACGGCCGUGCUCAUGGCCCUCGUGCUCAGCAUCAUGGGCGUGCGCGCCCUCGGCGAGACGGACCUCAACCCCGUGUCGGGCAUCAGCAAGCUCGCCCAGCUGUUCUUUGCGCUCAUCAUCCCCCAGUCGCACAAGUCGAGCGUGCUGAUCAAUUUGGUGGCUGGCGCCGUGGUAUGUGUCCCCCUUAUAUUUCGUUCCCGUGUGUGUUGCUGGGAUCUGAUUGCUGACUUUUUGUUUGUGUGUGGAAUAGUCUGAAGCGGUAUGUCACGUAUCUUUUUUCUAUGGUGAUGAUUUCUCGGUUACUGAUUUACCGUCUUUGGCGAGCUACAGGGCGCCCUGCAAGCCGGCGAUC